CUUUUUCUGUUUUCCAACGUUCUGAUUUUCGAUUAGGGUUUAAUUCGAGCUCUGUUUUUGGGGAAUGCAGUUUUUGAGAGGAGAUUUUGAGUGAUUAGGGGUUUUUUUGGGAGCAGCUAUGUUUUGUGUAAUGCGUUUUCAGAAAGGAAGGGAAGAUUUGAACUGUGAAUACCAGCGUUGGGGUUUUGGGAUUUUUGAGAAUUUGGGGGGAUUUAUUUUUGUUUUUUGAAAGAUGAUGUUAUCGGCAUCACCUACGUCCUUAGCUAAGAGCUCGCUGGAGGAGAUGCUGGAGUCGCUGAGACGGCGGGAUGAGAGUGAAAAGCCCAAGGACCUGCCACCGGCACCGCCAGGCCGGAUAACUUCCAAGGCUCGGCUACCCUCGUGUCGCAGGUCACUUCCAACUGACUUCAAGGUUGACGGAAUGGUAUUAAAUUUGGAGAAGUUUCUGCUGUGCCCAGUGAAGUAAAGGCUCGGGAGGGAGGGAAGAGGAAGGAGGAGCAGUUCCGAGUGAGGAGAAAUAGCUUUGGAAGCAAGAAGAUGAGGAAAGAGCUAAAUCAAGAUUCACCAUAUGGUGGUGAGGCAGCGGAGGGAAAGAAUGGUGUGGGAAUGGAGGUGGCAGAUGAUCGUGGUACAGAGGAGAAUUUAUUCAAAAUUGCAGUAAAGAAGGGCGGGGAGCUAGAAUGGGAUGUUAAUGAUAUUACUGGGUAUUUCAUCAAGAAGAAACUUAAGAGUUUGGUGUCGGCUCCCAAAUGGUCAGUGGGAUUCUGGAACGAUGAAAUCUACUUCUGGGGAGGAAUCAUAUGUCUCCCUCGCAAAUGGAAAUGUUAUUAGAGUUUCUACAGGAGAUCUCUUUCCUGCAAAUCCAGAAAUUCUUGAGGGAGCGGAUGAUUUAAUUCAAAUUAGUUAUUUGAAUGAAUCAACAGUCCUUCACAAUCUUAAGUACAGAUAUACCCAGGAUAUGAUUUAUUGGGGAAAGUGGAGCUGGGAAAACUGAGACAGCAAAAUUAACAAUGCAGUACUUGGCUGCAGUUAGUGGUGGUAGUGGUGGGAUAGAGAGUGAAAUUCUUCAGACUAAUUAUAUACUUGAAGUAUUUGGGAAUGCUAAAACAUCUAGGAAUGACAACUCUAGCCGAUUUGUGAGUAUAUAUAUUUUUUCUCUCUAUUUUUUCCCUUGUUCUGUGCUGAAGGUAGUCGUAGAUGUGUAUACAUACAUACGGACACAUGCAUCUUUGUUGUGGAAGGUAUCCCAAUUGAUAUUGAUUUGUAAUUAUCCAAUUUCUGCUCUGUUGUACCCUAAAUUUCACUUCUUGGUUGGCUUGGAAGUUUUUUUUUUUUUUUGCCUUUUCAUUUUUGAUUUGUUCCGGGGGAAUUUAUUUGAAUUUCUUUUUAGUAAAUUGGGGAAGAUAUCUGGUGCUAAAAUCCAAACUUUGCUGACUUGGACACUUGGUUUAUACUUUGUAUAUUAAAUGUUGGUUCACCAUUGAAGCCUCUGGAUAGUCCUGCUAGAAAAGUCAAGAGUGGUUCAGUUGUAUGCCAGUGAAAGGUCAUACCAUGUCUUUUAUCAACUCUGUGCCAGUGCUCCAGCAUGUUGUAAGGGUGAACUACCUUUGCACUUUCUACUUCCAGUUGGGGGUUGGACUCUUUGUUUUUGACAAGACACAAGUUAUUUUAAUAACAUAUAAAAUUAGUGAAUUGUUAAUUAGCCGUAAACAUCUUGUGACGCAAUAUCUCAUGAUGGACCUUUGAAAGUUUACAACUGCUAUUUCUCAUAUAAAAUGGUAGAAGUCUAUUGCUUACCAUGUCUUUUUAACUAGACAUGACAUGGUUCUUGAGUCUGGUAUGCUAUGCAUUCAUUUUCAUACAUCAAAGGAGAAUGUGUUUCAUAUUCUUUGCAUCAUUUCUUUACAGAGAAAUUGAAUCUUAUAACGGCAAAGGAAUACAUGUAUCUGAACCAGAGUGACUACCUGGUGAUUAAUGAAGUUGAUGAUGCUAAGAAAUUUAAUAAGCUUAUGGUAAUUCGGUUGUUAUGUGAUAUGUAUAUCAUUAAUGGAGUAGCCCCAUUUUAAGUUUAUUUCUUUGUCUCCUAGGCCAUAUAGGGAAAUGACCUACCAUGUCUACCAUCUUUUUGGUAUUUGUUGAUAGAAAGCUAAAUAUGAAAUAAAACCCAAUUACAACCAGCACCAUAGCACCAAACUCUUCAAUAUGGCAUUGGCAGCCAACUUCAUGAUCAAACCCAACAUUUAACUGAGUGAAACCAAAAUCGAAAACAACAAGAGUCCCAUAUUUAGCUAACUUUGCACCACACUGAGCACUAAUAUAAUCCAAUAAAAAUGCCCAAAAAACUAUCAAAUGGGUCCAAGUGAUUGAGGUAAUUAACAAUAUAUCCAAAAUAAACCAUAUCACCCAAGACUGGAAAUUAAUUCUAAACCCUAAU